AAUCACUGAAUAAAUGCAUUAUUAACGCAAUUAUUUCUUUUCAUACUCUCCACAGUAUAACAAUACUUCAUUUUUCUACAUAUAAUCAUGGGACCACAAGCAAAACGGCGAAAGACGAGCAAAGUCGAAGAAAUCACCUUCGAUCAUUCUGCCCGCCAUGAAUUCCUCACAGGCUUUCGCAAGCGAAAGCAACAACGAAUUAAGCAUGCGCAGGAGGUUGCAGAGCAGAAGGCUCGAGAGAUGAAGAGAGAAGAACGGAAACGAAUUCGGGAGGAACGAGAAGCAGAGUUCCAAAACGCUCUCGAGGAGCAUCAGAAACAACUAAAGAGACUGAGGCAAGAAGAAAAUGGGGCAAGUUCAGGCUCAGAUUCAGAAAGCGACGGCGAAGAUAAUGAGUGGGAAGGGUUUGAAGAGCCACCUGCAGUGGACUACGAAGCGGAAUACAUUGAUGAAGACAAGUAUACCACGGUAACAGUAGAAGAGAUGGAUGCUUCUAGGGAGGGCUUGCUACGAUCACAGGAGCAUAGUUCGGACGAAGAGCAAGAAGGUGAAGAGAAACUGACAUCCGAAGCGAAUUCCAAGCCGAAGCCGGUAGAAAAGACCAAGAAGGCAUCAGACAAACCGAAAAAGAAGAAAAAGAAGUUCCGGUACGAAAGCAAGGCGGAACGCCAGCUCACUCGCAAGAAAGAACGCCUUUCAAACAGCAGGAAAGCGCAGGCAAGAAGAGAACGGUAGUUGGAGGUUAAUCUCCACACAAAUUCAUGCAUCUUCGAGUCAGUCGACGUUUCAAUACCCCUGAGGAGACUUUCAUUCUUUAUGGUCUAUGUUACUGUGGGCAAGUGGGUAUAGGCAGAGGGCAAGUGGAUGACAAAAUGAUGAGACAGAGAUGCUACUGGAUUCGGCUCCUGAUGGCAAAUGCUAAAUAAAGUAAUCUGCAACACGCAGGGAACAAAAAAGUUAUUAUGUUAGAA